GUGAAUGCACAUAUUAUGACUAGAAAAUCACUAAAGAGAAAUUUUCCUGAGGAGGAUUCUGAAGCCUCUCAACCAUCUAUUAAGUUGAAGAAGACAGAGGAAUCAUCUGUAGAUGGCUCCACUUCAGAAUCAGAUAGGAGAAAAAGACAAGCUGAAGACUGCACAUCACCCAGCAAAAAAGCUAAAACUGAUUCCACCCUAAAUGCAAGUGGCAAAAAGAAACAUGGGAGAAAGAGGAUGAAGUCCCUUUUACAUUCAAUAGCACGUCAGAUGGAAUUUUACUUCAGUGACUCAAAUUUGCUGAAGGACAGAUUCUUGAAAAAUCUCAUAGAUCAGACAGAAGAUGGGUAUGUGGAUUUAACCAUCUUUGGAAAGUUCAACAAAUUACAGUCACUGAGCAAGGAUGGAGUCAGUCAAGCUGUUUUAGUAAAAGCUCUCAAAACUUCAAACUUACUGGAGGUGAAUAAAGAAGAAACAAAGGUUAGAAGAGUUACUCCCAUACCUGAGAUUACUCAGGAGGAAAUAGACAGCAGGACAGUCUAUGUUGAACACCUUCCAUUACAUGCUACCCAUGCCUGGAUCUCAAGUAUUUUCUCCAGAUGUGGGCAAGUGGUUUAUGUUAGUUUACCAGUGUACAAGACAAGUCAACAAAUCAAACGCUUUGCUUUUGUGGAGUUUGAUACUAGUGAGGCAGCUAAUAGGGCAUGUCAGCUUUUGAAUAAUCCACCACCAUCUAAAGUACAAGAAAAGCCUGGUCUGUUUCCUAAAACUAACAAGACAAUAAGUCGAUUACACAAAGUUGUUGAUCCGGCCAUUAUAAAAGAUGAAUCUUCAAACACUCAAGCAGAGGAAAAUUCUUCUGAUAGAUUGAAUGAAAUCAAAACAAAAGAAACAGACUCCUUAGAUAAGCAAAAGGAAGAGAAAGUCUUGGGCCAGUUAAGUGUGGAAAAUUUAUCUGGCAAACUUGAGCCCAAAGAGCAAAGUGUGGAGUCAGGAGCAGCGCAGCCUACACAGAAAAAAAAGAAAAAUUCCAAGAGAAAAUUGUGUUCAGACGAUGGGACCAUUAAAAAAGAUCAUUCAGAGAGGAAGAAGAAAAAAAUGAGUAUUGAGUCAACCGACAACAGCAGCAAAUGUGAGAGAACUGAUGAAGGCAGCAUACAAGGGGAGGACAAGAAUCAGCAGACAGAUGGACCAGGAAACAACCCACAAGAUGGGGUAUGUAAAGGCUCCAAACAGAAAGACACUAAAUCUGCUCCUGGUGAAGAGAGGUUAAAAAAGAAGAAGAAAAAAAGAAAAGCAGAAAAAGAAGCAGCAAAGAAAGUUGAGGUGCCCCAAGAGCCUGCUAGUCAUACACCAGGUGAAAAACUUAGCCGUAAAGCAAGGAAACUUCUGAGACAGGCAGAUAUUCGCAGAAAAAAGAUGGCUGCUGAAAGCGAGGUGAAGAACCCAGCACCAGAAACACAAGAAGAGGACAAAAGCCAAGUGAGCACUACAAGUGCUGAGGAGCCUGAGAGUGAAAAAAUAACAUCUAUACUCAAGCUGAAGAAAGGUCAGGAGAAGAAAAAAGUGGACUUUGACCUCGUGCCGAGGACCACUGAAUUUCUCCAGGGUAGGGAGAUGAGAAAGAGGAAAAAGCCCAAAAAAGAUGAACUACAUUUGCGCGUGAUAGCAAAAAAAGAGUGGCUGUCUCUAAAGGCUGAGUACAUUGCCCAGCAGAAAACUCAUGUGGCUGCACUGAAAGAAUCUCUGAGAGAGCUCAAACAACAAGAAAACACUGAUAAACCCACAGGCAAUGGCCAUGUGGAUUUACAGGAUGUAUUUGGUACAAAGCGACUGAAGGCUAGUCAUGAAGUUAAAAUGGCUCAUGUUGAAGCCCUUAAGUUUACACCUAAUGUUAUUGUCCAGUGGAAGUGUUCUCAUGAGGUUCACAGAGACAAAAUUAAGACCAUGUUUAAAGAGAUGAGUGGGGAUCAGAUAGCUUACAUUGAUGCCAAAGAAGAAGCCAAAACAGGCUACAUAAGAUUUAAAGAUGCUGACAGUGCUGAACAGUUUGCUCAGAUGUCCAGAAAUUCAACAUACUUCAUGGCCAGAGUUUUGCCAAUGGAACAGCAGGAAGCUUACUGGGUAAAAGCAAAUGAAGACAGGAUGAAAAAACUAGCAGGAAAGAAAAAAGAGAAAGGAUCCGAAAAAAUAUCAAGAAAAGUUUUUGAGCGGAACAGAGCAACAUUUCACGAAAAACCCACAAGGAUUGUUUUCAGUGACGAACCUGUUGAGUCUAAAGAAUGAAUUCAUGUUUUUGUUUAACUGUUGAUUUUCUGUACAUCUGUGUUUAUGUUAAAUUGAAUUUCAAGUGGUAAAAACAAUUUUAUACAUCUUUAUGUUGUUUUUGUUUUUUAUUUAUUGUCAAAAAUGUUUUAAUUGAGAGUGUAUG